UUUUGGUGCUUUCGCUCGCUCCUCUCUUCUCCAAAGAACCAGCAGAAUGGCCGAUCGCGGUGUUCAGUCUCGUGGUGUCAAGCAGCUCAUUGAUGCUGAGACCCGUGCCAAGGAGCUCGUCAAGCAGGCUCGCAACGAGAAGAUCCUUCGCAUGAAGCAGGCCAAGAAGGAGGCCGUCGAUGAGAUUGAGCGUUUCCGCAACCAGAAGCAGCAGGAGUUUGACGCCGAAGGUGUCAAGAACACUGGCUCCAGCACCCAAGACUCUGAGCGCAUCCAGGCCGACACCACCGAGAAGCUCAAGGCCAUGAAGACCUCGGUCGACGCCAACCGCAGCAAGGUUCUCGAGAUUCUGAUGGACUCGGUUUGCAAGGUCGAGACCCGAGUACAUGAGAACUAUGUCAAGAACUAGAUCCCUGGCACACCUCCCUUCUUACUCUUCUUUGUUCUUUGCCCUCUUGAGCGCCUGCUUGACAUCCAUGGACCGGUUGUCCCGAUUCAUCCCGUGGCACACGCUCGGCAUUUGAUGGGUGUCAAGCCCCAUUGGCUUUGGGCAUGUCAGGCACAAGCCGGGCAACCCAAGGAUUUAGAACCACCCUUGUCCCGUUUCCUCUCACUUUGAGCAGUCCUUUUGUGUUUGUCGAGCCUCGUCAAAGUCCACCUUGUCACCCCUACUCUUUUGUGUCCUGUCUCUCGUCGUGGUACCUGGUGCAUCCUUUGGUUCUUGGCUCUCUUUUUUCUUUUCCUUGCCUGAUCUACGCUUUGCGAUUGGUCCAGGCUCAGUUGAAUUUCCUAAGAAGACAAUCUC